GUACGGUUAAUCGUCUUAGACUUGACGAAUUCCAUUCAUUAGAAAAUAUGUCUGUUCCGGUGAGCUUUGUAUGUAGUGUAGAUGACUUUAGACGCAUAUUUUACGUAGACGAAGGUGCCUCAGGGAUUCAACAAUUUGAUGAUUCCCCAGGUAAACUUCAACAUUCUCCGCCCUCUGAUUCUUUGUUGCUUUUCUAUGAAAGUGGAGAUGCAGGGGUGUCCGCUGAUGGAAUUUCCGCAUUUCAGCAACAAGUCGAGAGCAGUGCGAUGCAGCAUGGGGCUGAAGUGAGACUAUUUCUUUGGUAUUCUACCAACAAUGCCUUUAUCGAUGCCAAAGAGCAGUUGUUUAAACGAAAAGGAUUUCCACUGCUUGUGAUUGUAUUUCGCAGAAUUAUCGCUGAUUCCUUUCGCGACCUCCCCUUAGACGUCUUAACCAAGGACACGAUUUCCCGCAUUUGUGAGAGGUUAGCACUCUACCAAGGAAGCAAAGUAACUGCUCAUAUCCACUGCAAAAAUUCCUUUCCUUUUCUUCAAGGAGAGAAUGAUGUAAAUGCAUUUCAAAGUUUUCACAACCAUAGUAAUAUCGAAACGCAAACAUUGAGCGUGGACGUGGUGCAAAUUAUAGAAAUGGGUAAGAAUUUACUUUGUAAGGACCGCGCAGAUUAUGCUGAAAAGUGUUUUGUGAAGGCAUUGAAGAUCUUGGAUGCUUUAAAAGUGGAAGUGUGUAAAGGCGAACGAACAAAUGAAGGGGAAGCGGAUUUUAUUCCGCAUGAUUAUACGAGAAGUGUGGCGUACUGUAUUGCGUGGGCAGCUAUCGCGCAGCUCGUCCAAGGCAAAGAGGUCCUGCACAACGCCUUUAUUGAACGCCUUACUGGAGGACGAAACAAAAGCAGUAAUGUUUGUGAGGAGGGUCCUUUUUUCACGUUUACGGAAGAGCCGUUGAGUGAUGAAUGUCGUGCGUGUGCCCUCCAUCGGCUGCUGAUUGCCGCUCCUUUACCUUGGAUAGCCGCAACAUGUAGUGAGCGUAAACUCCAGGAGAUAUUAAAUACAACUCCCACCGAUCACGCUCGGCGAGCGCAGUUAAUUAUAACGCUUUUCCUUCGCGGCGAUAUCGAGCGCGCGCUUACAGAGGCGGCGAGGCUGCACAGUCUAAGAAUUGACUUCGGGCGUGUUGCAUUGAAGGAGAUCUCGCGCUUUUUGGGUUCCAUCAUGCGCUUAGAGUAAGAUUCUGGAAGGUUUGAUCGCUUAAUGGAGGGAAAAAAGACUAAGAACGAUAUCCCUCAGUAAAAUAUAUAUAUUCACCGUUUCCUCAUAAAACACCGGUUCUGAAAGUGGAUAAGACUUAAGAAAAGUGUGGGCAGAAUAUGAUUCAUUUAAUCCUGAAUG